AGUGACACAGGUGAUGAAUGUAUCAGAGAGAGGUACUGCUCAAGACCAACAGUUCUCCAAAGAAAAAGAUGUGCCGGCAGUGUCUCUCGGCCACCCACAGGGCGCACUCGUCCAUCAAAACAGAGACGUAAAGCAUCAAGCAUCAUCCCAUGGAGAGAUGGUAGGUGGAGAGAUGGUCUCGAGGCCAGAACAAUUGGAAGUAAACGAGACAGUCACUCCAAUGGACACAGCUUCCCCACCACGAGCUGAGAGAGGAAUGAAACGAAGAAGGGAGGCAGAACCUUCAAAUCCAAGAAUAGAUCGGCGGAUGAGUGAUCAAUGAAAAGGACACACUAUUCAAGUCACAUAAUUUAUGUAGCUGCCCUACCAACUAAACGUGUCUGUCUUGCUAUCAUCUAAGAACAAGAGCAUUUUUAUUCUAUAUAUUAUUGUAAACACGAGUCUGACAGAAUCAACAUUAUGCGAAUGAUCUGCACAUGCCCAAACAAACACACACACAUUAAUGCAUGUCCAGUCUCAUCUAAGACCGAGAGAGGAGAGGGGAAACCCCUCCCCCACAUGUUGUCCCAAGAGAGGGAGGAAGGAGA